GAGCCUACAAUACAAUUCGAAGAUCCCGUUUACAUUCAAACACAACAGUAUCUUCCAUAAGAUUGGAUUCUUGUUACCAACUGUUCUGAUACCUGGCAUUUACGGACUACUCUCUUCUCAUCAGCAUUCCGCCGGCAAGUGACACAACUUCAGAAGAUACCUAUCUGAUUUGAUCUUCCCUCAAGUAAUCGCGCCAAUAGACCCGCCUCGAAGCAUUCAACAUCUUCCUGCCGGCAUCUAUUCCGGCCACCACAAGAUGUGCAAAACAAUAGUUACCAGAGGACCGUGCUGGUGCAACGGUAACAAUGGCAAGAUUGUCAACGUUCGCGAAAAGUUGGAUGAGUGCGAGAACGUAAAGAGCGGAGGCUCACAUGACGAGUAUUGGCAACCUUAUAUGAACAUGGAUAUUGUUGGAGGAGGCGAAUGCGAUGAGUGCCGCGGUUUAGCGUUCGAGGCCGAGAGAUUAGAAAUAGAAGCGCGAGAAGCACAGAAAUUGGAGGCGGAAAUAGUAGAGGCACAGAGACUGGCAGAAGAGCGUGUAGCCCAAGAAGCAGCGCAAGGAAGUUAUCAAGAAGGUUAUCAAGGAGGCUAUCAAGGAGGCUAUCAAGGACGUUAUCAAGGAGGUUAUCAAGGAGGUUAUCAAGGAGGUUAUCAAGGAGGCUAUCAAGGACGUUAUUCAGGAGGAUACCAAGGAGGCUAUCAAGGAAGCAAUCAGAGAAGCUACCAAGAAGCCCAUCGAGAAGGUCAUUCAAGAGGCCAUCGAGGACACAAUCGCUGAUUAGUAUGCAGUAUUAGAGAAGCUACAACAGGAUGAGGCUGGAGCGGUGGUGAGCUCCAUUAACGUCUCGUUUUUUGCCGUCGCGCUGGAGUUAUGCGUCGGACUUUCUUAGAGGAUAUAGACAUUUCAUCCUUCGCCUGCUUAAUCUGGAGCGUCGAGUAGAUAAAUGCAA